GCUGAGGCGGCAACGGAGGAGACAGAAGAUGGCAGAUUUUUUGAAAGGGUUGCCUGUCUACAACAAAAGCAACUUCAGUCGAUUUCAUGCCGACUCCAUGUGCAAAGCCUCGAACCGACGCCCCUCAGUCUAUGUGCCCACACGAGAGUACCCGUCUGAGCAGAUCAUCGUGACAUAAAAGGCCAACAUCCUGCGCUACCUGCAUCAACGGUGGGACAAAAAGAAUGCCGCCAAGAAGAGGGACCAGGAGCAGGGGGAGCUCGAAGGCGAAAGCUCAGCACCUCCCCGUAAGGUGGCGCGGACUGACAGCCCGGAUGUGCACGGGGACACUUAA